AUGUACCAGAGCCUGGCGCUGGCUCCGAGCCCCGGCCAGGCCGCCUAUGCCGACUCGGGGGCCUUUCUACACGCCUCGGGUGCGGGCUCUCCGGUGUUCGUGGCGCCCGCGCGCGUGCCUUCCAUGCUGCCCUACCUGCCCGCGUGCGAGGCGGGCCCGCAGCCUCCCGCGCUCGCGGCGCACCCGGGCUGGGCGCAGGCGGACUCCCCGGCCUUCGGCCCCGGCAGCCCGCACCCUCCGGCCGCACACCCGGCGGGAGCCGCCGCCUUCCCCUUCGCGCACAGCUCCCCGGGCCCGGGCGGCGGCGGCGCAGGGGGCCGGGAAGCCGGCGCCUUCCAGGGAGCGCUGCUGACUCGCGAGCAGUAUCCGACCCCGCUCGGGCGGCCCGUGGGGUCGUCGUACCCCACGACCUACCCCGCCUACAUGAGCCCCGACGUGUCCCCGCCGUGGACAUCCGGACCUUUCGAUGGCAGCGUCCUGCACGGUCUGCAGGGCCUCCCGGGCCGCAGGACCACCUUCGUAUCCGACUUCUUGGAGGAAUUCCCAGGCGAGGGCCGGGAGUGUGUCAACUGCGGGGCCCUGUCCACGCCACUGUGGCGCCGUGAUGGCACCGGUCACUACCUAUGCAACGCCUGCGGCCUCUAUCACAAAAUGAACGGGGUCAACAGGCCACUUGUGCGGCCCCAGAAGCGCCUGUCCUCAUCCCGCCGAUCCGGCCUCUGCUGCUCCAACUGCCACACCGCCACCACCACUCUGUGGCGUCGCAAUGCGGAGGGUGAGCCUGUGUGCAAUGCCUGCGGUCUCUACAUGAAGCUUCAUGGGGUGCCACGGCCACUGGCGAUGAAGAAGGAAAGUAUCCAGACAAGGAAACGGAAGCCAAGGAACCCAGCCAAGAUCAAGAGCUCUGCAGGAUCCACAACACACACCACAGCCUCCUCUCCCACUGUCCCCAACCCUGAGAGCUCAGCCUCCACUUUGAAAGCAGAGCCCAGCCUGGCACCCCCAGUGUGUGCUGAGCCCACCAUCACUUCCCAGACCACCAGCCUUACGGAUGAACCCCUGGUCUCCAGCCACUUGGAGUUCAAGUUCGAGGCUGAGGACUUUACUUUCCCUUCCUCAUCCCUGAGUCCCCAGGCUAGCCUCAGUGGGACCUUACGUCAGGAGGCCUGGUGUGCCUUGGCCUUGGCCUAGGUCCUCAGGAAACUGUCACUGUGGCAGCUCCCAGAUCUGGCUGCUAGUCCAUGGGGCCUUCACCAACAGAGGCCCCUCAGUGUUUCUUAGUGCUGUGACGAGGAAACUUCAUCUGCUGACCUAGAGGACGACACGAAGACACAAAGGAUUUGAGCCUCUUCAGGGAUAGCAAAGGACUACCCAGACCCCAUAUGGACCUCUAUGCAGCCAAGAUGACCCAGGGACGCCCACCAAGGACUUGAAUUCAGCUCUCACCAGCAACAGUCAACAUGUUUAGAGUUUGUAGCCGCUGGCAAAGGUUCCCAACAUCCUAUGGUAAAAUCCAGAGCCAACUGAAACCGAGUUCUGGCAGGUAGCAGGAUGGAGGGUCCAGGACACAAGGGUCUGAGCCUCAAGGUCUUCGUUUCCCACAUAUGACUGGGCGAGGCUGAUAGUGUUUUCUCUCCUACGGACACAGGACUGCCAGGGACCAGUGUGCAGGGUGAGCACUAUUCCAGGCUACCAGGACACCACCCCAAGUCAAAGGUGUCA